AUGAGAGAAUUGGGCCCCAAGGAACACCGAAUUUCGAUUGAUCAUGAAAAAAUUUUACCGCCCGUCGGGAAAAGUGAAGUUUCGAGCGAUUCCGAAAAUUUUCCACAUAAUGGAAAAAGAGCAACACGGGUUGUUGACUCACCAAAAUUAGACCCCCGGGAACACCGAAUUUCGAUUGGUUGUUUAUCACCCAGGAAAAUUGAAAAGUUACCACACAAUGGAAAAAAAAUAACACGUGUUGUUUGCUCACCAAACAUGAAGUAUAUUGCAACUGCGAAUUUGGAUGAUCGUUCGGUUUGCGUGUGGAAAUUCACAGACGAAAAAGAAUUAGUGUUGGAUAAUUCAUUCGACCUUAAAAAAACAUGUUUAAUGGAACCAAUAAGGGUCUCUGAUUCUAAAAAUAUCCUUAUAGGAAAUGGUUGUGAAAAUUCUUUAACCCUCGAAAUCAGAGGUUACAAAACCAAGUCAAUGAGAUUAUUGAAUGAUCAAAAAGAAGGUUUUAAAGGAAAAAUUGAUUCCUCUGGAUUUCUUAAAAACGGAGAGUUGGUGAUCGUUGAGGGAGAUCCUGAAAAAUUGCUCAUUCUCUUAGAUAUGCCUUUUGUAAUCGCGCAAUUGAAUUUGGUAACACAAAAAUUCGAAGAACAAUACGAAUUAGAUUGGAAUUUGAUUAAGUUUCGGAAAUCGAUUAGGAUGAAACUAAACAGUGAUUGUACAUUAUUGGCAGUAGCUGGACGCUUAAAUAAUGAAUCGAAAGAACAUGGAGAGAAAUCAAAAGUCUAUUUUUAUUUAACAAAACCUGGUACAACGAACGCGUAUCAUAAAGUGAAAGGGUCUCAAUCAUUUAAGGAAAUUUUCCCCGAUAUUUUUGAAUCAUCUGUUGCAAUCAACAUCAACAUUAUGAAUUUUAUUAUCCUAAAGGAAGGGGAAUUUUUAUUUGUCUAUUUUGAAGAAGAGCGCACAUCCUAUAUUAUUAAUCUAUGCACCUUUUCGAAAUACAAAAAUUUAGUAGAGUUGAAUUUAUCAGCCGAAAAAGGUUUUAUAAUUCCUGGUUAUAUUGUACGAUUUCAUGAUCGUUUACAAAGCGAAAGUUUAUCUCGAAAUCGUUUACAAAUCGAAAGUUUAUCUCGAAAUAUUGAGUGGGAAGAUGACAUGCACAACGAACCUGGGAAAGAUGAUAAGAUCGAUUUACGUUCUUAUCGAGAAGAAAUAAAAGAAAUAAUAAAAGAUAUUUUAGAAAAAUAUGAAUCAAACAAAGACAUGGCCCGAUGUCUUGAACCAAAAAAUUAUGAUGAUCAGCUAUACCCUUGGAUUGUUGAGUACGUUAAAAAUUCAACAGUGGAUCUGAAAGAAUAUUCAACAGUGGAUCUGAAAGAAUAUUCAACAGUGGAUCUGAAAGAAUAUUCAACAGUGGGUCCGGAAAUGCAGAAUAAUGAAGAUCCGGAAAUUUCGCAUGGAGAUUUGUUGAAUAGAUACGUAUAUGAUAAAUCGUUUGUGGAAUUACACGGAAAAGAGCUGUUCCAAGAAUUAUUUAAAAUGGGAAGAGUUGACUUUAAUGAUGGGAAUUACACUAAAUUCAUUAUUGAACAUAUUUCAGCAAAAGCGCGUCUGGAUUUAUUCAAAGGAGAGCUGCUACACGAUUUAAUUAAAAGUAAAAGAGUUGACAAUAGUAGAAAAUAUUACGAAGUAUCCAUUGAUAAACUUGCAAAUUAUGUUGAUGAACUUGCAAAUUGUGUUAAGAAACUAGAAAAUGAUAGUGCAUCAGAACCAUUUGUAUCCGCUGUUAAAAAAAUUGUCGGAUAUGAAAAAAAAGUUGAUGAAAAGAUCAAUGAAUUAGAUAAAAAAUUCGACAAGAUUGAUGAGUUAGAUAAAAAAGUUAAUAUUGAUAAUUUAAGUAACAAUUUUGAAAAUAUUGAUAAAAAGAUCAAAGAGUUGGAUGAAAAAUUUGGCAAGAUAGAUAAUUUAGAUAAAAAAUUUGAAAAUAUAGAUGAAAGGUUUAAUGAAAUAAUCAAUUUAAUUAAACAAGGAAGAUAG